ACUUACGGCUCCAAGAUGAAGUCGUUUAUGCCGCUCACGACCAGCGAUUAUGCAUUUAACGAAGGCGAAUACAAGGAUCGCUACAAGGACAUUGAGCGGCAAGUCUGUGCACAUAUGGAACAAAAAGGCUGGAGGGCAAAGGAGUUCAAGAUUAGAGACAGCAAGGAACGCAGCAAGUCUACACUGACCAAGUUCUAUCCAGAACAUGUGAUGGAACCUGGAACGUUCAAGACAAAGUAGCGUUUCACAGUCAGCUAAAAGAAAUCAACGUGUUCUCUUCUACCUGGCAUGCAUCUCGCCAAGGCUUCACAGCCGCCUCGUCCAUUUUCCGUGUGGGUGCCCAAUGUCAAAGAUGAAGAAAAGUCAGAUACGGGGACAGUCGUUGCUGAUGAGUCGCCUGCCGGCGGUCGCUGGAUCGAACUCUUCUAUGACCUCUUCUUUGCUGGAUCUCUUUCUGUCUUUUCGCGAACGCGUGAAGUAGCACGCACACGCGACCUCAUUGACCUUGCUGGCUUCUUUACGAUUCUGUGGUGGACUUGGUCCUCGCAGACCUUCUUUGAUGUGCGUUUUGCUCGACCGGGACUCGCUGGGACAUGGCUCAAGUUCGUACAAUCAUUCUUUUUCGUCAUGUACGGCGUCUUUGAGCUCAAGUUUACUCUCUUCAACUACGAACACCACGGCGGCGGUAUGGAAUCUGCUCGCAAGCGUGCGAGUCCACGCAUCGCUGCCAUAGUCAUCGCAGGCGUCUUUGUGACUUCACGAAUCUUGCUUGCUUUGCAACACCUUUGGGUCGCUCGUCGCAGUAAGAGAGAACAUCGCAAGUCGCUCAAAAUUCUUGCUGGUUUGCAGCUCUUCUCUGGUGCGUUGUGGCUCGCCUCUAUUCCUCUCAGCAACCGCAUGACCAGCUCGGGCUUUGCUGCCAUUCGUACUGCCCUUUGGUAUGGUGGCAUUCUCAUUGAAGCAAUUGGGUCGCUCGCUGUACGCGCUACAGCUCAUGGCUUUGAGCACACCCAUCUUAAUGAACGAUACGGCGCCUUGACGACCAUCAUUGUGGGUGAAGGCAUCAUCAAGCUCGUGUCUGUCCUGAAAGACAUUCUUGAGGGCGUCAGCAUGAAUGCCAAGUCUAUUCUAGCCGUCGCAUCGAGCGUCACUUCUCUCGUACUUGUGUGGGCUCUCUACUUUGAAGGCUUCGAGAUGCACGACAAGAUCAGUAAAAUCAGGGCAUACUGGUGGAGCUAUGCACAUUACUUCUUUCACUUGUCGCUAGUCUUGCUGCUGGAUGGAAUCGUCUCGCUUGUGCUGUUUCAAAACUGCUAUGCUGGCUCUCAGGCUUUGCUCGACUCGUCUCGUGAAGCGAGUGUCAUGGCAGACUUAUUCCAGGUCAGGCCUGGCAACAAUACGCUGACGCUUGGCAAGCUGACCUUUGACUACAAUACCGACACGACACACAUGUAUGCAGCUGGUACUGAACUCACGCAAUCACAGUACGACUAUGUUUACAUGCAGCUCUUCCAAAGAGUCUUCAAGAGCUACGGCGUGCGCGUUUCGGAAGGGUACAUGGAAUUACUGGCUGAGCUUGCACCCGACGAGGUCAGCGCAUCGACGCUAGAACGUAGUCUACGCAUGCUUCUCCGACAAUUCUUCGUCUCUGCGCAGUCUGCCUUGCUUGCGAGCGCUGCUGUCUUGCUGUUUAUGAUUCCCAUUAUGAUUUGGCAGAAUCGUCUGCAACCCGGCAACUUUUCACGCUUCUUCCCAACAGGAAGUCGUGGACUCAUUGGCGCUGCCUUACUUGGCUUUGGUAUCUUUGUCGAUGCACCGGGCGGUGCCAUCCUCGGGAAACUGUUGACGUCUGGCUGGCUGCUACCGGCACUGACGGUCGUUCUUGCAAUAAUUUACCUCAUUGACCGAUUGACGUGGAGCGUGCUACAGUAUCUCAUCUUUUAGUCUGGACGCGUCUUACAUGACUGAUGGACGCGUUUCACGUUAAUAACACCAUUGUCUUAUGUCGCCCGCGCAUUGUGCUCAUUCAACUGCAUUGUUGAUAUUCGUAAAGUGAGCACUUGGCAAAGUUGACAGCUGUCCGAGCCUGUCCCUGGCCUGGACUUGAAUUUCGGCUCAACUGCGCCGAAUCCGGAUUUGCCUACGCCCAAUUCGACGCCGCAAGCAGCCAUUCGAGGGGAAAUCCAUGCUCGCGAGCGAAUCAAUCACCAGCAAA